AUGCCUCGUAUGUAUCCACAGGGUCAUUGCCAACAGGCAGUUUGAUCACUAUUUGCAAUGGAUUUUAUUCAAAACAUAACUUUGAACGAUUUCAGAACCUUGAGGCCGCUUUUCACUCGCAAUUUUUUUUUCUUCUGUCUAGACAAGAGAGCAGUGAUUGAUUUUGGCUCAAGGGCUUGACUGGUCGUUGAGGUUCGGGUCCUCCUUUCUUUGAAUUUGAGAUUUCAUUCAGAGAUUGCUACAAACCUUUCCUUUCAUUUGUGAACUGAACUCCCGACACUUCAGUCACGAAAGAACAUCAUGAAGCUCAGUAAAAUUUUCAAGCGUGGAAUGAAAGUCGAUUUUAUUUUUCGACUUUCAUCACGAGGUGUUUGCGUCAAGUCAAGUCAGACUACUGAGUCUAGCUCGCUGAUUCUUGAAAUGACAUGCCUUAAGCGCUCAAGUGGUGUCUUUGCCUACGUUUAUGCCCGCGCCUGCGCCCACCCCUUGAAAUUUGACUUGAUUGAUACUAAAGGUAUGGUAAUUGCAAUCCAGGUACAAUCUUCAAAUAUUCAUUUGAAAGUAUAGAGGAACCCCCCCUUCGACCCUACCAUGGUGAAACUUUUGAAUCGUGUCGAGUGUUUUUUUUUUUUCACAACAAUUUGAUUCUAACAAUUUUUCUUUUUUUUUUUUUCCUUAAGGUGCCCCAAGAACUUACUCCAAGACCUACUCGACCCCUGCUAGACCAUACGAAUCAGCUCGUUUGGAUGCUGAAUUGAAGUUGGCUGGUGAAUACGGUUUGAAAAACAAGAGAGAAAUCUACAGAAUCGGAUUCCAAUUGUCCAAGAUCAGAAGAGCUGCUCGUGACUUGUUGACCAGAGAUGAAAAAGACACCAAGAGAUUAUUCGAAGGUAAUGCUUUGAUCAGAAGAUUGGUGAGAGUCGGUGUUUUGUCUGAAGACAAGAUGAAGUUGGAUUAUGUCUUGGCUUUGAGAAUUGAAGAUUUCUUGGAGAGAAGAUUGCAAACUCAAGUUUUCAAAUUGGGUUUGGCCAGAUCAAUCCACCACGCCAGAGUCUUGAUCUCCCAAAGACACAUUGCUGUUGGCAGACAAAUCGUCAAUGUCCCAUCCUUCACCGUCAGAUUGGACUCACAAAAGCACAUUGACUUUGCUCCAACCUCCCCAUACGGCGGUGGCAGAGCCGGUAGGGUUAAGAGAAGAUCACAAAACAAAAAGUCUGAAGAAGGUGGAGAAGAAGACGAAGAGUAA